CCCAUAAGAGUGCUGCCGACAGGACCGCAGGAUACCUACCAUGGCCUCCAGACCUACAAAACGGAGGAGGGUGACGCCGCCCCGAGAAGACGGCAAUGAGUCCGCAAACCGCGACGCCAGAGUGCAGAAGGCAUUCUUCCAAAGUGCUGCCAACUGGAACCUUGAAGAAGACUACCAGGCCCUUUCGAGGAAGGGCAAGAAGAAGGAUGCGAAGAGGAAAGGCGAUGACGGCCACGGGAGGCUUCCCGUGCACACGACCCAAGGAACGUGGCAGGUGCAAGACAGUGCCGACUCGGUAGACAGCGAUUCUGAGUGGCUCGAGAACGAAGGCGACGAAGCGACCGUGGAUGAGCAACCUGAGACUGCUGCCCCAGAGGAGCCCAAGAUCCCCGAACGCGAGCAGAUCCGAAAGGCCCAGGAAGAGCUCGCCAAGAUUGCGACGCAACUGAAUGAGGACCCGGAGGAGCACCCGGGCGCAUUCAAGGCAUUGGCCCGCAUCGGGGAGUCGCCCAUUCCCGCCAUCCAGAAGCUAUGCAUCGUUACGCAGAUGACCGUCUACAAGGACGUCAUCCCCGGAUACAGGAUACGACCGGCGUCAGAGGAGGCCGCUGGGGAGAAGCUCUCAAAAGAGGUCAGGCGGUUACGGACCUAUGAGCAGGCAUUGGUGCUGGGGUAUCAAGGCUACAUCAAGACUCUGGCGAGGCACGCAGCAUCGCCCGCUUCAGACUCUCGGAAGGGGGCGCAGCCGAUCUCCAGUAUUGCCUUCACCUGUGCCUGCACGUUGGUGAAUGCGGUGCCACACUUCAACUUCCGCGGCGAUCUUCUGCGGAUCCUCGUGGGGAAGCUGAGCCGCAGCAAGGUUGACGGCGAUUUUGACAAAUGCCGGCAAGCUCUGGAGACAUUAUUUCGCGAAGACGAAGACGGAAAGGCGUCCUUGGAAGCGGUUUCCCUGUUGACCAAGAUGAUGAAGGCUCGCGAGUACCGUGUUGACGAGAGUGUCCUCAACUUGUUCUUGCACCUUCGACUGCUAUCCGAAUUCGUCGGCAAAGCGUCGCAGGACAAAGUCAGUCGACCUGGUGACCAGGCCAAAGGCAAACAGCCAAAAGCGAAGAAGGAAUUCCGUACGAAACGGGAACGGAAGCUGCUCAAACAGCAGAAGGAAGCCGACAAGGUGAUGGCUCUGGCCGACGCAACCGUCAGCCACGAGGAGAGAGAGCAUAUGCAGUCAGAGAUCCUGAAGAUGGUGUUCGCGACCUACUUCCGCAUCCUGAAGAUGCGCACGCCGCAUCUGAUGGGCGCUGUGCUCGAGGGCCUCGCCAAAUAUGCGCACCUCAUCAACCAAGAUUUCUUUGGAGACCUUCUCGAGGCCCUCAAGGAUCUUAUCCGCGACACGGACAACGCUGAAAAUGGGGCGUCCGUCGAGGCAGGCGUCGAAGAGGACGACAAUGAUGGGCUGUCGGUCGUCCGCGACACCAGCAGGGAAGCUCUCCUCUGCACUGUCACCGCCUUUGCGCUCCUCGAAGGCCAGGAUGCGCACAACGCCCGGUCCGACCUGCACCUCGACCUCUCCUUCUUCGUGACGAAUCUCUACCGCAGCCUCCUCAGCCUCUCGGUCAACCCGGACAUCGAACUCGGCGCCAAGUCCCUGCACCUCUCCGACCCGGACGACACCUCGUCGGGCAACCCGGCCGACCGGGCGACCCGCAACAACAAGAUCAACCUGCAGACCACGACGGUGCUCCUCCUGCGGUGCCUCAGCGCGGUGCUGCUCCCGCCCUGGAACAUCCGCUCCGUGCCGCCGAUCCGGCUCGCGGCGUUCACCAAGCAGCUCAUGUCGGUCGCGCUGCAGCUGCCCGAGAAGUCGUGCCAGGCCGUGCUGGGCCUGCUGCACGACGUGCUGCACACCCACGGGCGCAAGGUCAGCGCGCUGUGGAACACCGAGGAGCGCAAGGGCGACGGCAUCUACAAGCCGCUGAGCGAGACGGUCGAGGGGAGCAAUCCGUUCACGACUACGGUGUGGGAGGGGGAGAUCCUCAGGAAGCACUACUGUCCCAAGGUGAGAGAGGAGCUGAAGGCGAUGGAGAAGGAGCUCAGAGGGCUAUCUAGUUAAGGCAGCCUUGUUUUGGAGGUUGUGAUGGCUAGCGUCAGCUAAGACGAGUGGGAUGCUCAAGAUGUUGAUACCCCUGAAUCUGUGUGAAGUGUCUGGGCACAUUGCGAGGGAAAUACAAACAACGCAACGCAUCCACGACUCCUGCCCCGACCAUCUAUCUCUCUUUCAUCCAUCCGUUUGUUCAAUCGUUCGCUGCUAGUACGUACUGCGG